AUGUUAAAUUCUUUCAUUGUGUCUUGCCUGAGGACAGAGCUACAAUCUCCAUCACCAAUCAUUCAGGGAGGAAUUCACCCUUCCACAAGAAGAUUGUCCUCACUGAGAGCCCAUACAGGUAUUCACCUCCGCCACAUGGAGCCAGGGAUUAAGACACAAAUUUCAGAAUUUCUUCUUCUGGGACUUUCAGAGGAACCAGAAUUGCAACCCGUCAUCUUUGGGAUUUUCUUCUCCAUGUACCUGAUCACUACCCCCAUGUACUUCUUCCUCUCCAACCUGUCCUUUUCUGACAUCUGUUUUACCUCCACCACCGUCCCAAAGAUGCUGGUGAACAUCCAGACACAGAGCGAGGUCAUCACCUAUGCAGGCUGCAUCACCCAGAUGUUCUUUUACAUAGUUUUUGCAGUGUUGGAUUACUUCCUUCUGACCGUGAUGGCUUAUGACCGGUAUGUGGCCAUCUGUCACCCCCUACACUACACAGUCAUCAUGACCCCCUGGCUCUGUGGAAAGCUGGUUCUAGUGUCCUGGAUCAUGAGGGUCUUGUAUUCCUUGUUACAUACCUUACUGGUGUUGCGACUGUCCUGCACACAUGUGGAAAUCCCCCACUUUUUCUGUGAACUUAAUCAGGUGGUCCACCUUGCCUGCUCUGACACCUUUCUUAAUGACAUGGUGAUCUAUUUUGCAUCUGUGCUGCUGGGUGGUGGUUCCCUCACUGAGACAAUUUACUCUUACUCUAAGAUAGUUUCUUCUAUACAUGCCAUCUCAUCAGCUCAGGAGAAGUUCAAAGCAUUUUCCACCUGUGCCUCUCACCUCUCAGUUGUCUCCUUAUUUUAUUGCACAAGCAUAGGUGUGUACCUUAGUGCUAGUGCUACCCACAGCUCACACUCAAGUGCAGCAGCUUCAGUGAUGUACAGUGUGGUCACACUCAUGCUGAACCCCUUCAUCUACAGUCUGAGGAAUAAAGACAUAACAUAA